UUUAUUGGAUAUCAUGGGCACCUGAUCUCCACGCUCACGUGGGAGUGACGUGGAAUUCACAUUGGAAUCUUUGCCUUGAAGAUGUGAAUUCAUAUUUUACGCCCUCCCACGAUCGAUUGAUUCCAACGCAAGCCCACAAAGGAUGUGAUCUUGAGGUCCAGUGUUUUGGUGAUCAAUUGUAGUUUCGGGGCUCGGGCAUCAUGGGAGAUUCAAUCUGCGACAGGAAAACAUGCUCUAAUGACCAAGGAAACAAUGUUCCAUCAGAAGAGCCCUCACUUGAUUCUCCCAAGGGAUCCCUGGUUGGAUACAAUUCUCUCAACCACCUUCUUCAAUCCAAUCUCUCACCGUCAGUAUACAAGGAAGUCAGCCGAGUGCUUUUAGGUGUGAAUUGUGGAAAAGCAGUUUCAUCUAUGCCUUUGCCUAACUCUGUUCUUUCUAUGGCCAAAGAAUUAACGUUGGACUUGCAGGCAUAUUGUUUCAAUGCUGAAUCAGAGAUGAUGCGACCACCACGCAUUGUUCGUGUUGCCCUUAUUCAGAAUUCCACUGUUCUUCCCACCACUGCUUCAUUUUCAGAGCAGAAAAUAGCCAUCAUGCAGAAGAUCAAAAAGAUAAUUGAGACUGCUGGAGCUUCUGGAGUGAACAUUGUUUGUCUACAGGAAGCCUGGACCAUGCCAUUUGCUUUUUGCACACGAGAAAAGAGAUGGUGUGAGUUUGCAGAAAGCAUUGAUGGAGAAUCAACUCAACUUUUGAAGGAGCUGGCAAAGAAGUAUAACAUGGUGAUUAUUAGUCCUAUUUUAGAGAGGGAUAUAAAUCAUGGAGAAACUAUCUGGAACACUGCAGUGGUAAUAGGGAAUAACGGGAACAUUAUUGGCAAACACCGUAAGAAUCACAUUCCACGAGUUGGUGACUUUAAUGAGAGCACUUACUAUAUGGAAGGAAAUACUGGACAUCCUGUGUUUGAAACUUCUUAUGGGAAGAUUGGGGUUAAUAUAUGUUAUGGAAGGCAUCACCCUCUAAACUGGCUGGUAUUUGGGCUGAAUGGAGCAGAGAUUGUGUUCAAUCCCUCUGCUACUGUUGGGGAACUCAGUGAACCUAUGUGGCCUAUAGAGGCCCGCAAUGCAGCCAUUGCAAACAAUUACUUUGUUGGAGCUAUAAAUCGUGUGGGAACAGAGGUGUUUCCAAAUCCAUUUACUUCAGGGGAUGGAAAGCCACAGCAUGCAGACUUUGGUCAUUUCUAUGGUUCAAGUUACUUUUCAGCACCGGAUGCUUCCUCUACUCCAUGUCUUUCCCGCUAUGAAGAUGGAUUGAUUAUUGCGGACAUGGAUCUCAACCUCUGCAGGCAAGUGAAGGAUAAAUGGGGAUUUCGAAUGACAGCCCGUUAUGAAAUGUAUGCAGAGCUACUCACAAACUACCUUAAACCAGAUUUUAGACCACAAGUUGUUACAGACCCCUCAUUGCAGAAGGAAAGAUCUCAGUAGUGCUUUGGAAUAAAAUUUACCUUCCAUCAGGUAAAAAAGUGAACUUUUUCAUAACUGCCACAUUGAGAAAAUCUCUGAACUGUAUUAAACAAUGUAAGCUGUAACAAAAACUAGCAUAUGGAAAACAUUGUUUCAAAGAAAACCAGGUCGUUUCAUUCA